ACCAAAGUAGCCAAUGAGCUUUCGAGUUGGUCACUGUCAUGUAGAUGUAAGUUGACAUUGGCCGCAUGCUAAGUUAAUUCAACAUUAAAGACGAUAUUACUAUCAUAAAAGAAGAAAGACAUAUAUAAAUAUGACAACACAGAUGUUGUUUCUGGACCAACUGAUGCCAAGUAUUUUGAAAUGUAUGAUGAUGCAGUCACUGUUGUGUUUGUUUAAGCGGUUAAAAAAUUAAAAUCGAGUGAAAUAUUGCUGCUUUUUCCUUUCGCAGACUCCCCUCUGAAAGCAAGUUCCUCUUACUCUUCUGUUCAAAUGAAACGAUGGAACUCUCAAUUCCAGUAGUAUUAUUCCUUGACAGAUUUUAGGGCUUUUUGUGUGGACACUCGAUACCUUUGUCCAGAUUUAUAUUGUAUCUUACCACUGUAAAGUAAAUCCGGUUUAUUAAUUGACAGUUCUACAAUUUCAUAAAAGAUCGAGCGUGAGAAUUAAACAUAUUUGAAAUUUAAUUUUUUUUAAUGUUUUUUUUCGUCAACGCUACGUUCAUAAAUUGACUUUUGCUCAGUAUUUAACGUGGAAAACGAGUCGAUAAAAGUCGGCAUCACAGGGUUAAACCCAGAAAGCCGGAAUUUUCCAGUCACGCAGCAAGUAUGGCCGCCUUACCACCACGAAGUGUUGGACUUGUUGUGGUGGAAUCAUCGACUUCUGCAAUUUUAGUUCUACUGGGUAUCCUCGGCAAUUUGCUACUUCUCGUUUCGUUGUACAGGAAACCUCGUUUAAAAAGUUCAACUGGCAUUUUGAUCGCAGCUUUGGCGAUGACUGAUCUACUCAACGCCUGCGUUCCCGGAGCCCUAUUCUGGUCCUCUCUUACGAAAGGAAAGAUGUCUUUUAGCAAUUUUGGUUGCCAGAUAAGUGGCUUCUUCAUGCACUUUUUGACUUAUGCAUCUACGGCGACUAUGGCUCUAACAGCAAUCAAUCGAUAUGUUUGUAUUUUGAAGCCCAACGUGUCUAAAAAAGCUUUCAGCUAUAACCGAUCGAUGCUCUACAUAGGUUUCUUGUGGGCAUUUGUAGCAGUGAUUGUCUUUCUCCCUAUAGUGGCUGGUUCCUCCACGUUUGCUUUCAACCCCGUCAUGGCCGCGUGUGUGAUGAAAUUCACCAACACAAGUGCAGAAAUCGGCUACACGUUCUUCAUCGUGGCUUUUUUUGUGGUUUGCUGCUUGAUAAUCAUAUCAGUGUGCUACUUUCGCGUUUCCCGAUUCAUCCGCCAUCACAACGAGAACACCAUGUCGCAGCUGUCGAUGCAAGAGAUCAACUUGACCAAGGCGUUGUUCGUUCUCGUGUUUACGUUUGCGGCGUUAUGGAUACCGGCUUUCUUAAUGAUUGUCCUAAACCGUCUGGUGCUGAAGGCCAAACUUCCCCGUCAGUUCGUUCUAUUCGUGCCUUAUCUCAUUUAUUUGAGCAGCGCUUUGAAUCCGUGGAUAUACGGUGUCAUGUGUCCAGUUGUUCGCAACAAGAUGAAGAAGACUCUUUUUGCAUGGAAGGGGCGUGGCUCAACUGUCUCUGUCGGACCUGAAAUAAUUGUCGUUAGCACCUUAGGACCACCCCGACGCACAAGUUCCAUCAGUAUCAUUACCCACGUCAGUGAUUUGGCAAACGUGAGUUCAUAACAAAUCUACCGGGAGCGUUAGCUGAAGAAAUACUCUGAUUAUGCACCAUGGAGACGGCGGCUAGGAACA